CUCGCCGGUCGCCGCGCAAACGGCGCAAGUGAGUGGUGCAACGCGAAACGCGAAAUCGACCGGCCUAAGUGACAUGGCGUUACUUUAGCGCAAUUUAAUUCAGAAUUAUUUUGUAUAAAUCACAAAAAAGUACGCUGUUAUUGUAUCAACCAUAGCCAUUAUAUGAACGUAUCAUGAGUACAUUGGAUAUAAAUAAAAUGGAGGGUGAGGAAGAAAAUAAGACGCCCGAUAAGAAACAAAUCGAGGUGGAAGAAAAGGAGGUGAUGUUGAAGACUGAGAGCGAGAACAAUGAAAUUAAUGCUGAAAUAAAGGCAGAGGGCGAAGGGCUGGUGAAGGCGGCAUUGUCACAGGAGGUGAUUGAGCAGGGGAGGGAGGUGAAACCCAAGUUUAUUCCUAUUGGUGCCAUUAAAAUGCCCGGGUUUUUCACCAGAAACUCUGACAAAGCAAAGGAUGAUGAAGUCAUUGAGAAGGAUGCAGAAAAUGAAAAGACGGAGGAGAGCAAGCCCAAACGCAACCACUUCCAGUUUCUGCACACAUGCCCCUUCACCAAGUUCCUGCACCACCCCACUCAGAAUGAUAAAGAUGGUACCAUUGUAGAAGAAAAAAAAGGUAUUCGCUUACCAAAAAUUAAUGUGGAUUACCAAAAAUACUUCCAAAAGAGGUCCAACAAAGACCCUGAGGCAACCCUUGCUUCCAUGGAGACAUUGGAAGACAAGCUAGACACACCUAAUGAUGGAAUGGAAAAUGUUAAAUUAGAUCCAGAAGAAGCUGUUGAUGGCAAAGUGGCCACGAAACUGCCUUUCAAAGAAAGAAUUCGACAGAAGAAGUUAAUAAUUGACGACCUGAUCGUGGGUGCGGUAGUGGUGCUGGUGCUGCUGGCCGUGGUGGUGGGCGUCAUCGUGGGCGCCAGCGCCGGCCCGCCCGCGCAGCGCCCGCUGCGGCUCGGCCGCUACAUGACCACGCUCUCCUCCUGCGGGCCCCUAGAGGGUAUCUUGGAUGAAGGCGUAUACAAGUUCUACAGCAUUCCUUACGCCGUGCCGCCCAUCGGUGACUUGAGGUUCACGUAUGCUCAGCCACUUAACAAUAUAUCGCUGUGCUGGAACGGCACUCUUCAAACCCACAAGCCUGGGCCGCUCUGCAUGCAGUUCAAAGAAAACGAACGAACUAUCAUAGGCGAAGAAGACUGCUUAACGCUGGAUGUGGUCACUCCUCACGUCAGGUACGAUUCUCCCCUGCCGGUGGUCGUUCUGAUAGGAGCCGACACUCUGGCCGGCGGCAUCAGUCCCGCUCAACCGUCCGCUCUGUACGCCCGCACCAAGGAGGUGGUUUUCGUGCGACCCAAUUUCAGACUCGGGCCCUUCGGGUUUUUGGCUCUCGACAUUCUCUCCAAAACCAAAUAUCCGGAGACCUCUGGCAAUUACGGCCUGAGCGAUCUGCUAGUCGCGUUACGUUGGGUGAAGUCGAAUAUUCAUCACUUCGGCGGCGACCCCGACUCCGUCACGCUGCUCGGGCACCGCGCCGGCGCCACGCUCGCCGCCGCGCUCACCACCGUGCCCAAAGCUCAGAAGUUGUACUCUAGAGCUUUCCUCUCGUCCGGCUCCGUCAUAUUCCCCGGCAAACACCUGAAAGAUUCAUACCCACUAAAUGAGGAAUUCAAACAGAACAGCAAAUGCAACGACGCCGCCUGUUUACGCCGCAUGAAGCCGGAGGCGGUGAUGACGGCCGUGCCGGCCACGUGGCUCGGGUCCGACGUCGGCAUCCUUCCGAAGACGAACGAGAUGAAACACUCGUGGCUGGUCCUGGACGGCGUGUUCGUGACGCGCCACGCGUUCGAGGCCUGGGACGUCCAGAAGGAGUCGAAAGAGACCGGCAAGGAGCGAGCGUUCAAGCCGAUGGUGUUCGGAACGACCGCGCACUCGGGCCACUCGGACCUCCUCCGUAUGAAACACCUGAACUGGACCGCCGAGCACGUGGAGAGCGUCGUCAACGACAGCGUGAUCGGCGACAAGAACCUGACCGGCGCGGUGUACGCGCACGUGAACAGGACGUACACGGGGCUGGUGGAGCUGGUGUCGGCGGUGCGCACGCUGUGCCCGCUGGUGAGCCUGGCGCGGCUGCGGCUGGGCGCGGCGCUGUACGUGGUGGUAGGCGCGGGCGCGGGCAGGGCGGGCUCGGGGCUGGCGGGCGUGGACGCCGACCUGGAGGCCAUCCUGGGGACCUUCGACUCGGAGGUGGUGGAGCAGCGGCGCUUCAUGGCCGCCAUGCAGCAGCUGUUCUACUACUUCGUGUGGAACGGGCGCCUGCCCGCGCCCGAGACCGGCCUCAUGGAGGUUGGCCAGGACGUGCUGCCACUGCACGGGCUGCCCCUCUGCGACCUGCUCAUCCGGGAGGAUAUAGUGCCGAGGUAUGCUCACGUCGAUUAGCCUCGCGUGGAUCGGGAUUCACAAUCCUUUGAUUUAAAAAAAAACUUCGUAGGUUCUCGUAAACAGGGUUGCGAGACCCUGCUCAAUUAUUAUCCUUAUGUUUGUUGCGUUGUCUCAGCUAGAAAUCACAGCCAGGCGUUGGUUUUAAGAAUCAUUUUUUAAUUUAAUGCACGCAUGAAAAUAAGCCCCUAGCUUAAUAUGUGUGAAGCUAACAGUUUUAGCACAAUCGGAUUAGGACUAACCUCGAACUCUCUAGAAGUCCAAGAUGGUACACAUUUUCCAAGAUGGCGGCUGUUCUUCGAGGUCCCCAAAUGUCAAAUAGUGUGGACAUGAAAAUGAGACCUUUAAUUAACAUACAUACCAAAUUUCAGGACUCUUCUAGAGAUUUCGAGGUCAGGCCUAAUCCGAUUGUGCUAUUACCCGUAUUAGGAUUUUUAAAAAAAAACAAUACAAAAUGGUGAAAUUCCAAACCCCAAUGAGACUGAUAUGAUUUUCAUUAAAAUACUCAAAAUAAAAUAUUGAUCUCCACAAUUUACCAUUUAUUAUGAGAUUUGUAAUUUUUCAACAGUAUUAAGUAUGACUUUCGCUUAAUUAUUAAAAGAUCUUAACGAAUCUACAUGUAAUGUAAUUAGCUCUAAGAUUACUUUGUAAGGUCCGAGGACGCCCAUCUAAUUCUGCAUGAAACCAAAGUAUUUUGUAUAAGUGUAAGACGUAUUUAUUAUAGUCAUUUUAGCUUUUGUUUUGUGGUUGUUAUAUGAAUAUGACCAAAAAGUACAAUAGCACCUAGUCACGUGUUGUCAUAGUUCUCCAGAAAUUAGUUUGAUUUAACUACACAAUCUUAAUGCAAAUAACUAGUCAAUUUUAUGGGCAACUUGUCACCAUAAUAAACUAUGCACUAAAUUGUGUGUUUAUAGUUUAUGUAUACGGUAAAUUUUGGUAGACUACAUCAUUAGUUAAUGGCUCCUCAGUCCUCUACACGAUGGCCCAACGUAGGCCAAUCUAAGGGACGCAGCUAUGCGGUGGAAUGAGAUAGCAAUAUCACUUGCUCCCUCUAACGCAUAAAUGCGCCCCUUAGAUUGGCCUACGUUGGGUCAUCGUGUAGAGGAGCCAUAAGAUGCUAUUCCGUCUGUCUGAUAUCUUGGUCCAAUGUGUGUUUGCAUCUCACAUUUUACUUAAUGAAAGAUUAAAACGCAAUGCACAUUGGACAAAGAAAUUGUACAGGUGAGGGAUACCAUCCUUACCAACAAAGAUCAUACAAAUCGAACAUUGGAACUGGUAUUGAAGGGUGUGCUACAGUAUCUACACAUAAUGAAUGUGAUUUGAUUUUAAGUCUGAUAAUUCCAAAGAGUGAUUUUUUGUACACUAUAGGUAAUUUAUGUUUUGGUUCAUGCUUAAUAGAUAGACUAUUUGUAAGAAUUUGUAUUCGUGUAAAGAGUCAUGAUGAUUGAAAUGCGUCGUUGUGCUCGCAAAUACUGCAAUGAGCAGGUUUUUGGAAGGUAGAAGGAAUGCACCGAUGGCCCGACAUUCAGGAAUGUUUCGUAUCUACUUUGCUAGCACAACGACAAGAUGUCUGUUACUCUCAUUGUCUUGCCAAAUAAUUUGGUUGCACUAGGCAGCUUGUUGACAGCUUUCGUAAUUUUGUAAAUUAAUUAAUAAAUGAAAUCUUAAGACUGA